AUGGAAACGAAGUCGCUGCUGGAGUUUUGUUUACAUGCGUGGGGAGCCAACAGCUACGGGCAGCUGGGACAGGGGCAUGAGGAGGACCAGUCGGUGCCCCGGCUCUCUGACACCGCUGCACUACCACACAGGACAGUCCGGUAUGUCGGCGGCGGCGGGGGACACUCUGUGGUUGUUACCGAAAACAAAGAGGUGUUUGUGUGCGGACAGAAUAACAAAGGCCAGCUGGGACUCGGCCACACCGCAGACCUCUCAACUUUGCAACUCUGCCCUGGCCUGAAACAGAGGGUCACAAAUGUCGCCUGUGGUUGGGAUUUUACUCUUCUUCUCACUGAUUGUGGUAAAUUAUUGGCAUGUGGCUCCAAUGCAUUUGGCCAGCUGGGUGUUGGACAGACAUUGACACACUCUGCAGAUCCACUGGUUAUUGAAAGUCUAAAGGAGCCAGUGGUGAGUGUAGCAGCAGGACUCAGACAUUCACUAGCUGUUACUGAUGCAGGCUGUGUAUACCAGUGGGGAACAGGUCUUUUGAGUCACGCCAAGAGAGCACUCAGUCCUCACCCUGUCCCAUCACACCUCAGCUCUAAGAUACCGUCUCUGGUACCAGGUCUGGAUCAGAAGACAUCACACAUUGUAACUGCUGGCUCAACACACUGUGUGUGCCUCACAGCAGACGGUGAUUUGUUUCUGUGGGGAAGCAACAAGCACGGCCAGCUUACCACCACAGAGCCCUUCUUAUCCUCUCCCACUCUGCUGAAGCGCUCACUACUGGGUGGAGAAAAAGUUAAAAAUGUGUGGAGUGGCUGGACUCACAUUGUUGCCCAAACAGAAAGUGGGAGAGUGUUCACAUGGGGCAGAGGAAAUUAUGGACAGCUUGGCCGACCAACGUCAACUAGCUCGAACCCAGAGCAGCCUUCAGCAGAAGGUGGCAAGCAGGAGGUUAACCUCCCUGCAGAGGUUAAAGCCCUCCGUGGAGCAACUCAGAUUGCAUGUGGAUCUGAACAUAACCUCGCCAUUUUAGGGGGGUGUCUCCUCUCCUGGGGCUGGAAUGAACACGGCAUGUGUGGAGACGGUUCAGAGACCGAUGUCUUUGAACCGCAGCUCAUUUCCGGUCUCAGACCUCUUCUCAUUGGCUGCGGGGCUGGACACUCUAUGGCUGUGUGUACUGUGACGACUGGCUCAAGACAAAACUCUGCACCAACGCCACUGCAGUAACAUUGGAGCAGGAUCAUUUAUUCAGCAUGUGACAAUCAGAGACUGCUAGUUAAUUCCAAAAAAAGGACUUUGCAAGUCAACACAUUUCUGAUUGUUUUACAGUUGGUUUGUUACAGCUUUGCAAAUCCUAUAUGUGAUUAUUUUAAGUGCCUUCAGAUAUAUAGCAACUUUCACCUCCUGAUAGGCCUCCUGAGCCCUUACAGCAGUUAAGUGGCGAAAGCAUGUCUGACUUCACACUGCACUCGUCAUAAAUACUGUUGUGUGGCUGGACACAGACUGAAUUAUGUUUCAUGUGGACAGCGGCCGUCAUUUCUGUGACCAUACCGUCAGUUUGAUGGACGUGAUUGGUGUGGGGGGGGGGGUGCAGGAUAUGGUCAUGUCUAUGGCUUCUGGACCACCUGCCAUGUUUGUCUUCCUGAAUGCAGCCGUUAAGGGUCAUAUGAGGGAUGGGCUAGAGUGGUGCUAUAGCUCCAUCUUCCCAUGUCAGCAGUUUUAUUGCAGUGAUCUUGAGUGUCAGGAGGCAGUCAAUCAAUGAUCCACACCUUCAUACUGAAAAUAUCAUGAUUUACCUUUUACACAUAAAGUGCAGUAUUUUUUUCUUUGUCCACCACUUAUUUGUAUUCCUGUCAGUCUGUGACAUAUUCUUUGAGGCUGUGUUUGUCUUAUUGGCACCCUCUUCAUACUUUAUACUUCAUUAAUCCCUCUUGGGGGAAACUCGUCAGCUACAUUUGACCCAUGUUACAUAUUUAUAAGCAGUGGGCAUCCGCAGUGCAGCAUCCAGGCACCAACUGCAGGUCUGAAGCCAACACUGUGGUCAAGAACAUUGGCAGGACUCAGGAUGGCUCAUGUAUGAUAUAAUUACAUUAUAUUUAUUUUUCUUCUCAUUUAGAAGUUCUUAAUUUAUCAUAAAUUUAUGCAAACUAAAUAUGGAAAACGUAUCACUGAAAUUAUGCACUGAGAUUUUAAUUAAUAUGCUUUUACCUGGAUCCGUUUGAAAAAAUAAAAUAAAUCAACACUCGCUGAAAAAUGAUCAUUUCUGUGUUUUUUUUAUUUAUCACUAUUUAUUGUACAAGCCUGAACUGUAUUGGUCAGAAAAGACACAAAAAAAUCCCUAAACAACAAACCAAUCAAAACGAUCACUGAACACCUUAUUGAGAUAACUAACCACAAAAUGCAUGGUGUUCGAAUCACACACUCUGAAGUCUCAUUAAACGGCACACAUUGGUUGCCUCCUGGUUGUUAUUUAUUCCGUUUAAUGCUAACAGCUGCUGUUUUUGUAUUCCAUGUUGGACAUUGACCAGCACACUGCCCCCCCCCCAUUUGUGCUCAGCUCUAUUGUUAGAUCCAAAUCUACUGUAUCUGAAUGCACACAGAUCUCAGCAGGUUGUUGGCAGUGUGUUUGCAGUUGUUUGGUAAAAAGUUGGUCCCCUAUUCACUAACUUUUCCACACAAACAAUGAAUAAAGCCAUUCUUUGAACCUGAUGGCUGUCCUUUAAUCAACUAUGCUCGUUGCCU